AUGUAAUGGGAGAGACCAGGAUCAUCAAGGGGUACGAGUGCCCUCCUCAUUCCCAGCCCUGGCAGGUGGCUCUGUUCGAGAAGACACGGCUGCUCUGUGGGGCAACGCUCAUCGACCCCAAAUGGCUCCUGACAGCAGCCCACUGCCGCAAGCCGUGGGUCUCUCCCUGGCCCCCACCUCAUGUCUCUCCCUACCUUUCCAUCUCUGACCACCAUCUCUCCCACUUCAGCAGCUACAUAGUUCACCUGGGGGAUCACAACCUCCAGCAGCGGGAUGUCUGUGAGCAGACCCGCAUGGCCACCGAGUCCUUCCCACACCCGGGCUUCAACAACAGCCUCCCAAACAAAGACCACCGCAAUGACAUCAUGCUGGUGAAAAUGGCAGCACCAGCCUUUAUCACCCGGGCCGUGAGACCCCUCACUCUGUCGUCACACUGUGUCACCGCUGGCACCCGCUGCCUCAUUUCUGGCUGGGGCACCACAUCCAGCCCCCAGUUGCACCUGCCCCAUACCUUGCGAUGUGCCAACAUCUCCAUCAUGGAGCACAAGGAGUGUGAGAACGCCUAUCCUGGUAACGUCACAGAUACCAUGGUGUGCGCCAGUGUUCAGGAAGGGAACAAGGACUCCUGCCAGGGCGAUUCUGGGGGCCCUCUGGUCUGUAAUGGGUCUCUUCAAGGCAUUAUCUCCUGGGGCCAGGAUCCAUGUGCUGUCACCAGAAAGCCCGGUGUCUACACAAAAGUCUGCAAAUAUGUGGAUUGGAUCCAGGAGACUAUGAAGAACAAUUAGACAGGAUCCACUCACUACGGGCUAACACCACCAAACUAUUUGGCGAUUUGAUUCUUGUUCAUUCUGCUAAUAAAAAACCCUAAGCAGGACCCCUUUAUGAACUUUCUUUGGGCCUCCUUUACUACAGGAGAUGCUAUCGCUUAAUAAUCAACUUGGGGUUUGGAAUCAGUGAGACCUGGAUUCAAAUCCUGACUCAAACUAACUUGUGACUCUGGGAAUGAUAAGAGCUAUUUUCUUCACUGUAAUAUCCCCAGCCCCAAAGAUAGUUACUGGCAUACACCAAAAUUUCAAUAAAUAUUUACUAUUUGAAUAAAUGAA